AUGCAGACCCGCAGCCUCCUCCUCUGCGCCGCGGCGGUCGUGCUGCUCGCCAGCGCCGCCGAGGCUAGCCGCCUGCUCUCCGAGCCUGCCCUCGCCUCCGCCGGCCGCCGGCUGGCCCAGAACUCGCUCAACUUCAUGCGCGCCGACAUCAAGGCCGCGGACCCCUACUACACGAACCGCGUCACCCCCACCGUCCGCCAGGCCCCCCCGGGCGUCGUCGUCGUGCCGCUGCCCAGCAUUGGCAACAGGGACCCGUCCGAGGAUAAGAAGCGCGCCGCCAAGGAGGCCGCCUACCAGUCUUUCCGCCCCUAUGGCUGGUCGGCCCCCGAGUUGGGUGAGGACGUCGAGGAUGGGGCCAGCGACGACGCGCUCGAGGCGCCGGCGCCCAAGGUCAGCUGGGUGUCGUUCUCGUGGGGCGGCGUGGAGACGUGGGGGAAGAAGAGGCACUGA